CCAGCACAACCAGAUCGAAGCUUUUUUGGUUGCCUCGACUCAUCCAUCACACGCACACACACCACCUGCGAACAAGAAGCCAGAAGAUGAAGCAUCCGAGGGACCAGCAGCAUCAGGAGGAGGUGUCGCUGGCGCUGUCGCUGAGCACCACGACGACGGACUCGUCCACCACCUCCGACUCGUCCGCCACGGCGCCCCCGGCGGCGGCGGCCAAGCGCGCGCGGAGGCGGAGGGGCCCGGUGGUGGCCACCUCCGGGGAGGGCGACUUCGUCUGCAAGACCUGCAGCCGCGCCUUCACCUCCUUCCAGGCGCUGGGAGGGCACCGGACCAGCCACCUGCGGGGCCGCCACGGGCUCGAGCUCGGCGUCGGCGCCAAGGCGCUCAGGCAGCACAAGGCGGCGGCCGGCGGCGGCGACAAGCGGCGGCAGCAGCAGCAGCAGCACCAGACCCACGAUUGCCACAUCUGCGGGCUCGGCUUCGAGUUGGGCCAGGCGCUCGGCGGCCACAUGAGGAGGCACCGCGAGGAGAUGGGCGCCGCCGAGGCCGCCGACGCUUGGGUCUGGCGCAGCGUCGCACGCCUCCCGGAGGAGCUCGAGGUCCAGAGCGCCGCCGCCGACCCGCCCGUCUUGCUCGAGCUGUUCGCCGCCAGCCAUGCACGCGCCAAGCCCAGCAGCGACUCGAUCAUCCAACCGAUUGGCAAUUUCUCCAUCCGAGAUCUUGAGCUCGCGCGCCAUCCGCUAUCUAGCUCCUCCUUGACGACCGCUUCCGAUCCGAGAACCUCGUUCUUCCCGUCCAUGACAAAGCACCCGAGAGACGCCGCCGCCGGCGACGUGACCCUCUCCCUGGCGCUCUCCCUCGGCGGCCUGCCCGCCGGCGAACGCGGCGCCAGCAAGAGGCCGCGCCGCGCGGCCGGCGGCGGCGAGGGCGAGUUCGUCUGCAAGACGUGCAGCCGCGCCUUCGCCUCGUUCCAGGCGCUCGGCGGCCACCGCACCAGCCACCUGCGCGGCCGCCACGGCCUCGCGCUCGGGAUGCCCGCCGCGGCGCCGGCGGCCAAGCAUCAGGCUGCCGCAAAGGACCCGACGACGAAGGCGCCGGCGCCUGCUGCCAGCCACCAGUGCCAUGUCUGCGGGCUCGGAUUCGAGAUGGGGCAGGCGCUCGGCGGGCACAUGCGGCGGCACCGCGAGGAGGCCGCCGCCGCGGCACAGGCGCCGCCCGUCCUCCUCCAGCUCUUUGUGUAGAUCAGCUGAUUCAGUCCAUGCAUGGACAUAGAUUUCUUUAGACUAGUUCUUUGCAUUUGUGCCGGUCUGUACAUCUUGUAGCACAUUUCGUAGUCAUUUGUUGGCAUAUUGGCCGACUGAUUCAUUCAUUCAUUCAUCACAUGUAAAGAUUACUCAUUCGACUCUGGUUUUUUUAUGACUUUUAGAUUCUUUGAA